UGAUGGGGGGAGGCAGUCCUCACCCUGCUGCGCCCUAAAGGUCGCACGCCAAAACGCAGAGCACCAGAAAAAAGGAAAAAAGAAGACCUUUGCCAAAACCCUACGGUGCAGUUCAGCUCCGCACAGCACUGUGUUGGCUCUUUUCUUAUUCGCUAAAUCCAGUUUUUUUUUGUUUGUGUCCGUAGCUUAUCGCCCAGUCACGCGUCCCACCCACAGCAGCAGCGGCCGGAUUCCGCCCCACCUCUCUCCCCACAUCCACUGUCUGCCCCGAUGAGCGGCGCACCACCACCUGACGCGCACCGACUUUUGAGGGGACUUUCUGCUUUUCUUGGGGUUUUGGUUUCACUUUCUUGCACCCUGAGUUCGUGUGAGCCGAGUGCGUGUCCAGUGGAGAACCAGAGAAGCUGUCCAUCAUCCGUCAUGGCUGCAAACGCAGAUUUCGCUUUGGAGUUGUUCCGCACUCUGAGCCGAGCAAAUCCCGCCGGCAACAUCUUCGUCUCCCCGCUGAGCAUUAGCUCAGCCAUGGCGAUGGUCUAUCUGGGAGCCAAAGGGGACACCGCCUCUCAGAUGGCAAAGGCCCUCUCAUUCACCUCCGGGGAUGGCGUCCAUGCAGAUUUCCAGACCCUCAACACCAACAUCAACUCCGCGUCUGCAUCCUACAUCCUGAAACUGGCCAACCGUCUUUAUGGAGAAAACACCGCUAAGUUUCUCCCUGAAUUUCUGGAAGCCACACAAAAGUACUACCAGGCCGACCUGAGGACUGUUGAUUUCAUCGGAGCCCCGGAUGCCUGCAGAGCUGAGAUCAACAGCUGGGUGGAGCAGCAGACAGAAAAUAAGAUAAAAGACCUCCUAAAGCCGGGAACAGUCAACUCAAUGACAAGAUUGGCUCUGGUCAAUGCUAUCUACUUCAAAGGAAACUGGAUGAACCGCUUUGAUGCGGGAAACACCAAGGAGAUGCCAUUCAAAGUCAAUCAGAAAGAGACAACGACUGUGCAGAUGAUGUACCAGAUGAAGAAGCUGCCCUACACCCAGAUCCCUGACUUUGGCGUGCAGAUCCUGGAGCUUCCGUACGUGGAUGAUGAGCUCAGCAUGUUCAUCCUGCUGCCCGAAGAGUCCGCGGACGGCUCGGACCCCCUGCUGAAGCUGGAGACGGAGCUGACCCAGGAGAUGCUGAACGAGUGGACCGACAGGGAAAACAUGGAGCUCCAAACUGACAUCCUCAUCCACCUGCCAAAGUUCAAACUGGAGGAAGAGUACCAGCUGAACGAGCCUCUGGCUCAGAUGGGCAUGACCGACGUGUUCUCCUCAGCCAAGGCCGACCUGUCUGGCAUGAACGGCGAGGGGGGGCUCUUCUUGUCUACGGUGGCCCAUAAGGCCUUUGUGGAGGUGAAUGAGGAGGGCACAGAAGCAGCUGCAGCCACAGCUGGAAUUGUCUCUUUCUGCAUGCUGAGGGAGGAACACUUCACAGCUGAUCACCCCUUCCUCUUCUUCAUCAGGCACAAUAGCACCAAGUCCAUCCUCUUCUUCGGCAGGUUCUCUUCUCCUCAGUAGACAGAACCAGCUGAGGAAGAUAAUGGACCAAUUCAGAUUAUUAUUAGAUGAAAAAACUCUGUACAUGUUGUCUGCUUUUGCAAUGAAAUAAGAUAACCUGAAUAUUCAAUAAACACAGAAGAAGUUUGCUUAUUUUCCAUCAAGUUUGUUCUUUUGUUUUCAACUGUUUGGAUGUU